AUGGAGUCACGAGAUACGCUUGACGAAGGAAAAGGCGAACGACGGAGAAACAAACGAUUAAAAGGCAGACAGGGAGUGAAUGGUUGGCGGAAUGCCACCUCACAUCGGCCCUCUCUUGAUCCGGUGCUGGCUGGUGAGGACACUCUUGGGACAGAUGUACCAUCCGAUGGCGAUGAGGUGAACUUCGAUAAAUACAUUGAAGACAUGGUAUCUCAGGUCAGAAACAACCCAGCACUUUCCAAAACCAAAUGUGUGGUGGAUCGCCAGCUCUGGAUGUCCAACAGCAGAAGUCUGUCUCCGUGGUCAUACAGAAUUAAUCACGAUGAGAACCGCAGACCGGUGGACAUUCCAGAGGCGAAGUGCUCUUGCCAAGGCUGUAUCAACCCGUUCACCAUGCAAGAGGAUCGCGCCAUGACCAGCGUGCUCAUCUAUACCAAGAUCCCUGUGCGCAGACUGCUUUGCGAACGAUCUUCGAGGAAACCCAGGAAGAACAAGAAAUGCGUUCCCCGUUACAGGACUGUUGUGGAGAGCAUUGCUGUUGGAUGCACCUGCAUAGUUGGAUAA